GAAAGGCAACAUUCAGUAUCAGGCAUUCAUUCAUUCGCUCUUGGAUGGUUGUCUAUUGAAAUGCAAAAUGGCUGAUAUACAGCCAAUUAAAAUAAAAUAAAAACACAUUGAAAACACCUUUACUAAAAAUAUAGCCUACUACUUCAAGCCUGCUAUAUUGGUGUUAUACGUUAUUCUGGAUGUGAACAAACGCUGCUUGUCCUCUAGACUGUAAAACCAUGAUUCAAACCCGUUCAUGUACUUUUCCACAGCAUAUAUGAACUAAAUCUGUCUGAGACUGAGAGGUUUGGUUUGGAUCACUCCCCAAUGCUGGCCUCCUCUCUUAGCCCUGUACCGUCCUGGCAUGUAAGCAUCGCAUUAUUGUCGUGCUUGUGCAGAGUUCGGACUUAAUCAAUGCCCUUGGUUAUUUCUCUGGUUUACAGGCUGAGAGGAGAGAGGGGAGAGAUGGUCAUACUCUUAGCAUGGGGUAGAGUAGGGAUAAAGACUCCUCUGUUUUCUGUUUUAUACUUACUAAAUGUACCCAAUGAAAACGGGUCAGAAGCUACUGCCGUUCCUGAGGAGAGCACUAAAUAAGCUUGAUCAAAAUGAAGGCACUACUCAUUGCUGCUAUUCUCUUGGUUGGACUGUUGGCAAUGGGCAGCGAGGCCAUUCCAUCAAACCGCUGGUCCUGCUACAAGAAAGUCUUGAAGGACAGGGACUGUCGCAAUGUUGGCAUCUCCAACGGAGUUGCGACCAUGCGACCCAUCAAUUCCCUGGAGAACCAUUUCUGGGAGGGGAACAAAUGCGACAUGGUGUGCUACUGUAACUUCAGUGAGCUCCUCUGCUGCCCAAGGGAUGUCUUCUUUGGACCCAAAAUCUCCUUUAUAAUUCCAUGCAAAACCAUCUGAGCCAUCAGUCGUUUGAAUGGACAGUGAACACGGACGGUGCAAUCUUCUGAAUUAAAACAAGAGUAAAGAGUAAAUGGGGCCAAGGGGGAUGGGCCCAUCCAUUCCGGACUACAGAAUUACAUGCAUUUCAUUCUUCACUUGGAGACAGCUACAACAACGACAAGUUCAGAAGGCUGGAGCUAAAACAAAAGCACAAGCUUUGAAGCUGAAAAAAAAGAGGCCCAUCUUUCACAAUACAUGGGCCUACAAAUAAAAUGCAUUAUUUUUAGUCUCAAUACAGCACCCAGUAUAUUUAUUUUCUGUGAAGACAUUUCAACAAAUGCAACCAGUGUCCCUCCUUUGCCAGGGCAGCAGGGUAGCCUAGUGGUUAGAGCAUUGGACUAGGAACCGAAAGGUUGCAAGUUCAAAUCCCCGAGCUGACAAGGUACAAAAUCUGUUCCUAGGCCGUCAUUGAAAAUAAGAAUUUGUUCUUAACUGACUUGCCUAGUAAAAAUAAAGGUGAAAUUUAAAUAAAAGGCUACAGUUCAACAGUUGUAUAUCUGACUUGGCAGACCCUUCAUUUGGCAUUCGCAAUGAUGUGACACCCCCCAUUAUCUACACGUAAACAGAUAGUUGUAAUACCACGAGUGUGCCUUUAUAUUGAGUUGUUGCACAUCCAAAAAUAUUAUUCAAUUAGUAUGCCAUUCGUGAGAGACAUUCAUAUUUAUAUUAAAUGCCAUAAAUGUCAGCCGGAUCAUAAAAUGUGAUGUUGUGAUGAGCCUAUGAAAGAUGAUUUUACAUGGCUGAAACAAGUAGGCUGUUCAACUGUAUUGUAAAUGUCUUUGCAAAAGGAUUAUAGUAGUGUGUGUGUUACUAGGCCUAACUAACUGUAAGUCCUUCUGGAUCAGAGUGUCUGCUAAAUGACUAAAAUGUAAAUAACAUAGCACUUACAGAUCACCUAGACUGGUGGAGCUGUUUAAACAAGUUGUUCUACUGCUCCAUGACAUCUCCCUGUACUUAUCCAAUGAUUUUAUGUCAAUUACAACAGUGUAUGUGAGAAUAUUAAUAAACAGAUCGGUUUGAGUGUUA